CAGGGAUCCUGAGCCCCCCCAGCUUACAAUUUCCAAACAAACUUCGUCAAGAUGGAGAUGGAGCAAACGGCUGGAAGUUGUCCUGCCCCGGGCCAAGCUGCUGUCAGGACCUGGCUCCCCACCAGUACAAAAGGAGCCGCCAGCACACCCAGUGACACCACCUCCCGUUUUCAUGGAGACGGGGUUCGGUACAAAGCCAAGCUGAUCGGUGUAGACCCGGUACCCGAGGCGCAGGGGGACAAGAUGUGCUGGGACACCAUGAUGAAACUAAAGGGCUUUGAGGCAGCAGCAAGGAAACAGGGGAAACACAAGCAGAGAGUUUGGCUGAAAGUUUCCUCCACCGGCCUGAAAAUCGUGGAUGAGCGGACAGGGGCUUUACUUCAUGAGCACGAGAGGAGCAGGAUCAGCUCUUUGACAAAAGAUGAGUCAGACCCCAGAGCUCUGGCCUACAUCUACCAACACCAAGACGCCUACAGCCUCUUCUACAUCAAGACAGCUAACCUGGCAGAUCCAGUCCUGGCUGACAUCAAGGAGGUUUGUCAAAGUCUGGACCAGGAGACACCACAGGAACCCGCAGAGGCACCGACACAAACCAGCUCUUUAUUGCUUCUAAAUGAGCAUUCAGCCCUUCCAGCUGAGGGACCAGCUUUUGAGGGUGUGUUCAGUCCACGGCCAGACUCUUCACCUGGACAAUCGAACCAAGUCUCAUCUAGGAAAGAGCUGAUGGAAGUUUUCUCAGUCCAGCUGGAGGAGCCGCUGUCACCUCUCCAGAGCUCGUGUCCCAGUCAGCCAGAGUCUCCACAGCCUCCACAGCUAAUGCUCUCCACCUCGCAGAUCCUCUCCAUGUUCCCCACCCAGCCACUAGGUGGCUCUCCAUACGUCGCUCCGCCAUACUCUCCCACUGCCAUGCCCUGGGACCAGAGAGGGCCUCUGGGAAACCAGUGGGCUGGUCCUGCUGCGGCGCCCUGGCCAACCAUCACUGGUGGCAUGGCAGCGUGGGCACCAGCAGGCGUCACAGCGCCUCCUGCAGGCAACCAGGUGGAGGCUCACAGAGUGGUGAGCGCUCAGCCAGGGGUCAUGUGGGGGGGGAAUAUACCCGCUUCACCCACCACUGUCAACGGGUACCCCACCCCUUUAAACUCCGGUUAUGCUCCGACUGGAGCAACAGGAGCACUACAGACAGCACCCCCCGGCUUGGACAAUGAUCUCCUGUGAUGAACUCCACACCACCAACGUUUCAUUCAACGCUUUAUCCAACAUUACAUGGCAAUAUUUCAGUCUGCAGCAGAUUAAAACCAAACACCCUGUCCCCACCCAGAUAUGAAAUAUAGACAGCAGAUUGGAUCACCAGCUAUUUGGUAUCAUAUUCUCAUGUUUCAUUACAGUUACACAAAAUCCACUCCUGUAACUGGACUUCACAAAUCUUUAGCUCCUGUAAUGAACUGGCUAAAAUGAACACUUGCUUGAUGUGAUCUUGUGUUAUCAUGCAGAUGUGUAUAAAAUUCUUAUUUUCAGUCCAAAGAGAAUUUACCAUAUUUUUCUCCUAUUCCUUCUUUUGUGGCCGCUGUAUGUGGAGUCAUAAGAGUACCAUCAAAAAGAGUAAAUCCGUAAAAGAAUAAGAAAAUAAAUAUGGAAAUAUAAACAGAAAGAGAUCAAAAAAUGAAAAUGCUUUUAUCUGUUGCUUUUGCUUCUGCUUCUAAAUUAGUUUCCUUAUGCUUAGCUAAAAUCUUGGCGCUAGUAUUAUUAUCUAACCACCGUUCACUCCUUCUUUUGGUUUCAUAAAUUUAGAUAUGUGAUGCAAUGGAAAAACAGUCAGACUUACAGUAUAAGGUGUCCAUGACAUUUACUGUCUGUUUAAACUGGAAAAUACAGUGUUUCCUUCCAAAACAGUUUCACUGCUGCUGUUUCUCAUCAAAUGAAAACUGAGAGAAGUUGAUACAAAUGAUAUUUAAUUUCUUCUGCAGUCUACUCUGUUUUUUCAGUUUUAUCUGAAACACUGAAAUAACUUUUCCUGUCUUUAUUUGGUCUGUAUCAAAUUAACUACAAUUUGAUAUCUUAUAUAAAAGGUU